AUGACAUGGCUUUGUCUCGCCAUGGCUAUAGCCCGGCUUCCAGGUGUCGAGGCAGAUUUGGAAAGAUUAGCAGGGCCAAUAGCAUCGACUGUUAAGAUUCGCGGGAAUCUCACGCUAACUAUGAGAAGACCGCCGCAACUAAGCGAAGACACGAAAGCAUCUCUCCAAGGUCUAAUAGCUUUACUUUCUACGUUACCUAUCUGGGGGUACACAACGGCCUGCAAUUCUGGUGUCUCUGCUAUACUUGACAAAUUAUGUCCCAGUCUCUUUUCUCUGUCCGGAGACUUAAAUACUAUCAGAAUUGAUCAGUGUAUUGGCGGCGAGAAUCCCCUACAGUUCGCUUUCUGCUUGGUUUUAAGUAAACUCGAAACGUGGUGCCAAUCCAAAGCGCACCGUUUAACUAUCGAGCUUCCAGCAACGAACAGUUACCUCACCAUUAUCAAGAAAAUCUACGACGGCAAUACGCUAGAUCAAGGAUACGACAAAUUCCAGAACUCGUGGAUAGGUAGGCAGACACAUGCGCUUCUUCUAAUAGAACUCGUUGCGCGAAACAUUUACUAUACAUCAAAAGAGCUCCCAAAUCCAAGGAACAUUGAAUUCUUUGGUUCCUGGUAUUUCGAAAGCAGCCAAGAAGAAGACGCCGAACAUGGUACAUGGAUGGGAGCUACGUCUCUACGAGCACGAUUCCCACUUCCUACGCCUAGUCUUAUCUCUGUUGGAGGAAAAAAAGGUCGCUACUUCUACCCCUUCGCCGGUGAUGGAUGGUGGUCAUGGUAUACCACACGAGUGCGCGACCUGGCAAGGGAAGUCGAAGGAGACUGGUGUGGAACCUUCGUAUACACCCUACUGCCGGGAGCUCGAGUCGGUCCUCCCAUUAUAAUAUCCUUUUACAAGACCAACAUCGACGGCGAUACAUACUCACUGGAGGCAUCUGGGAUAGAUGAUAUCGGACCAUUUUCUUUGCACGGCGAAGUGAAUGCUUCUCCCGUGGCGUGCACCGUUCGUUUACGGAUGCAAUACUCAUCAAUUACGAUCGAAUGGCAAGGAUUAGUUACGCCGCUGGGUAUUUGUGGUGGUUGUUAUAUACCCGAACCUCAGACGUCGGCAUCGCGCGCCAUCGGAUAUUUCUGGCUCUGGAAAAAAGAAUGGUUAAGCAAAACUGGUAAUACCUACAUGUGA